GCUGUGACAGAGUGUUGUGGUACUGGGAUAAUGGAGGCGUGAUUAGUACACAAAGUACAUAGAGAUCAGUGAGGAGGAAGAAUCAUCCGUCUUCAGCUAACUUCCUCCAGCUCAGCCAGGGGACAGUAAAUGGAGGAUAAAAGGAAAAAGAGGAGUCCAAAAGUAUGUGUCACACAGACGCUUCCACCAGCUCCUGUGAGAAAAGCUGCUGCUCCUCCAAGUAAGAGUGCUACCUUCAGCCUGGGCCUCCCACAUCCACCCUCACCAAAGCAAAAGAAUAAGAUCCGGAGGGGGAUUAAGGAACACGUGAGGCCUGCUGCUCCCUGUGAGGUGGCUACUCCUGGGCCUAGCCUUCAGCACUCCUUCCUCACUGAUGUAUCCCAUGUGUGUGAAAUGGAAGGAGGGCUCUUGAGUCUUCUCAAUGAUUUUCACUCUGGAAAACUUCAAGCAUUCGGACGGGUAUGCUCUUUUGAGCAGUUGGAACGGGUGAGAGAGAUGCAAGAACAAUUAGCACGUCUUCACUUCAGCUUGGAUGUGUGUGCAGAGGAAAUGAAAGAUGAGACCUAUGCAGAGAGGAACCUGGAGCAGUUACUAAAUAAUCUGGAAGAACUGAGCAACUCUAUCCAAAAGCUGAAUCUGGCAGAAAACCAGGAUGCGCCGCCAUCUCCCAAUGAAGAUAUGACAGAGAGUAUCCACUAGGGAGGACUACAAGAAGUAGAAUGCUAACAGACAAUGACGCAGUAAGACCGAAGACUCACCAUUCAGAAGUCCACAGGUCCCAAAGUGUCCUCGCUGCUCUGAAAAGCCAUAUAGAAGCACAAUGAACGAGGAGCAUGAGGAAUAGACAAGAGCCUGCUGUCCUACAGGAGGUACAACCUUAGGACAGGAAAUGCAUGGAACAGAUAGAUAGUAGCUGGUGUCAAGCACAGUAGAAAGCACAGUAGAGACUUUAGGAAUAUAGGGAAUAGUUUUUCUUUCAUCUAUGAGGUAACAAUGUUUACAAUAUAGUAAUGAACUUAUUACUUCCUAA